AUGUCGUUCCGCAAAAGAAAUACUGUCAUUCAUGCGCCGAUGCCGUCGUCACCAUCCCAGACUGACAACAGAGAGACACUCCCCGGCACUCGUCCAUCACCAUUAGAUGGUCGCUUGACCACGUCAACUGGUACAUCUUCGUUGGAUCAGCUGCUGGCUGGUCAUGCGGGAUUGCCACUUGGAAGUUCUCUGUUGAUUGAAGAAUCCGGAACGACGGACUUUGGAGGUGUUUUGCUUCGCUAUUUUGCUGGAGAAGGCCUAGUUCAGGGACAUCAAGUUCACGUUCUCGGCGUUGGAGAAGCCUGGCGCCGAGAGCUUCCCGGUCUAGUUCAAGCAAAGGAACAGCCGCCUCAUACACAAAGUUCUCCAUCCGCAAGUAAAAUGAAGAUAGCAUGGAGGUAUGAGACCCUGGGUAGCCAGUCAAAUAGUAAAGGUACAAGCACCACGCAGCCUCCACAGUUUUGCAAUUACAACAUUAACAACAGAAACCAGAGGCUGGGAGCAGACUGCGUGCGCGGCCGGCUUCUGACAUAUCCCACCCGAGACACUGCUAAACUCGGAUCCCAAUCUAUUUUCCCAAAUUUCAUAUCUGAGCUUCGCUCGAAUCUGAAGGCCUCGUCUUUGGUACAUCGAGUCAUCAUACCCAAUUUGCUUUCCCCCGCCGCGUACCCCGCCACAGCAUGCAAACCGGAUGAGGUUUUGCGGUUUUUACACAGUCUGCAAAGUUUGCUACGGCAGUUCCCGUCCCAACUUGCUACGGUAGUUUCGCUGCCCAUAUCUCUUCAUCCACGACAUUCCGGACUUUGCAAGUGGAUGGAGCUUUUGUUUGAUGGUGUUGUUGAACUCGUACCUCUGAAACAGCUGACGUACGCGAAGGAAAUUAGGGCGGAGGAAAGCAAAGCUCAAGGCUUGGUUCGUGUUCAUAAAUUGCCGAUAUUUCAUGAAAAGGGUGGUGGGAUGGAAGGGUGCUGGAAGAGAGAAGACAUGUCAUUUCGGCUCAGUGCUUCAAAUGGACUAGUUAUAAUGCCUUUUAGCCUACCUCCUGUCGGCCUUGACGAAGAAUCGAGGUCGUCAUCACACUCGGAACAGUCCAAAAAACAAGACCUGAAUUUCUGA